GGGGCGUGGAGAGGGAGAGGGAGAGUGGGAUGCAUGUCGGUUUCACCAGGAAUGUGAUACGAUAUGCUUUUUUUCUCCAUUCAUCAGACAAACCCGACUCAGAUGGAGGGAUUACGGUAGACAGAUCAAUCAUUUCUUUUUUGCUGGUGGCCGUUUUUGGAGCCCAAUGACAACACCACCCCUCCGUCUGUGCGAAGCGACGCCUCUAGCCCAUGCAUCGGUGAAAUUGUUCAGACCAUCGGGAAUCUUUUCUUUUUGGGCGCAGGGCAUCUGAUGGUGCCAGUGAUCGGAUGCUGCAGGAGAUUCGCCAUUGUUUCCACCACCAGCCUUGCCGCACUGUCUCAUCACUGAGAUGUGGACAUUUUCAAUGAAUUGCAAACUGGAAAGUACUACUGCCACCCCAAUGGUGCUGUACUACAUCAUAUGUCUCUUUUUAAACGCCCAGAGUGCCACGUCUUUCCUCGUCACAGUGGAAAAUGACAUCAGCCUUGUCAUGGCGCUGGAGCCGUCGGACCUGAGUGGGUCAGCGUACAUCGUGAAGAUCACGGGGGAGUCCAAGAACUACUUCCUGGAGUUCGAGAACACGAACAGCACAGCCCCCCCUCCCCCCCUGGUGUUCAACGCCAGCUACCACGGUCUUUAUUACAUCAUCACUCUCAUGGUGAUGACCGACAACAUGAUGACGAAGCCGGCCCAGUCCAUCACUGUACUAACAAAACCUCUUCCAGUGACCAGCGUGUCGAUACAUGAUUAUAAGCCAUCCCCUGAGAAAGGAGUGAUCUUUGAGAUCAAGUACCCAGAGAAGUUCAAUGUUUUCACAAGAGUAAACAUCAGCUACCUUGAAGACAAGGAGCCACGCUCCAUGCUGUAUAAAGAUUUCUUCAGGGGGAAAACAGUUUUCAAGCACUGGUUGCCUGGGACAUGCUACAGCAACAUUACAUUCCAGCUGGUGUCUGAAGCCACGGUCAAUAGGAGCACCUUGGUCAGAUUCAGUGGGGUUGGACACGAGCCAAAACAGCACAGAACUGUCCCCAACCCGCCCACCAACAUCUCCCAUCAGAUUGUCUACAUCACUGCGGGCACCUUCUCAGGCAGGGCCGAAGCUGGGAGCGGCCAGGGGGAAGAGGAGGCCAACACUCUGCAGCCCUACGACCUGACAGAGCACAUGAACGAAUCCUACAGCUGGGUAGAUUACAACUACAAUGGCUCGGACACCCAGCCCUCGCCCACCCAGCCCUCCUGGCCCUCCGCCGUGCCCCCCACCCUUGGCGACAGCGAGGAGUUUGUGAACCGGCCGGUGGAGGAUUAUGAGGAUGAGAACGAGCUGGGCUCGGCCGUCGAGUCUCCCCCAGCCGCCACCCCAUUCCCCGCUCUGCUGCUGCAGCUCCAGUGGGUGCCGCCACUCCCUCCCACCGCCUACGACGGCUUCAACAUCUACAUCUACAGGGACGGGAGCUCCACUGACGUGGCCAGAGUGGACGAGCACACCCGUGAUUUCUCUGUGGAGCUGAAGGAGCCGGGGACCUACACUGUGUCCAUCACGACAGUCAGCUCGUCGGGGGUGUGCGACACACGAGAAAGCACCAGCGACACCAGCUUCACCUUGUACCUCAGCCCUGAAGGAGAGUGGUUUGAGGCGCUGCAGGAGAGGCCCCAGGAUGUGAGCGUGAUGCUGCUGAGCUCCACCAGCGCCUCCCUGUCCUGGAGCCCAUCCCAGGAGACACACAGUGGCAGUCUGGUCUCGCUGCUCUCCCUCACCUGCCACAAACCCAAACCCAGCCAGAGGAUGGAGAGCCACUACUGCACCCAGGUGAACUCCAGCAGCAGCAGCAUUGGGAACCUGACUCCAGGAGCCCAGUACCGGGUCGUGGUCUAUCACACGAACGGGCCUCUGGUUGGACCUCCUUCAGAACCAGUCAUAUUUGGAAUAGAACCCACUGGGGUCCGGGACCUGGUUCUGUACCCACUGGAGCCCACGGCGCUCAUUCUGAGCUGGAGCCGACCCUACCACGUGACCUUCCGCAAAUACGUGGUGGAAAUGUUCUACUUUAACCCAGCCACGCUGACCCCGGAGUGGAGCACCUAUUACGAGAUCGCUGGCACAGUCUCCCUAACCGCCUCAGUGAGGGUGACCAAUCUACUUCCUGCUUGGUACUAUAACUUCCGUGUUACCAUGGUGACCUGGGGAGAGCCGGAACUCAGCUGCUGUGACAGUUCCACCGUCAGCUUCAUCACAGCCCCCGAAGCCCCGGAGAUUUCCUCGGUCGAAUACUCCAACAGGCUGCUGAAUGUCGGCUGGAAGUACAGCGAAGGAUACACGGACCUGGCCCACUCCAGGAUGCUGCACUGGCUGGUGGUGGCGGAGGGGAGGAAGAGGGUGAAGAAGAGCAUCUCCUCCGAUGUGAGCCGCUUUACACUCCCGGUGUCUCGGAGCGUCAUGAGAGCAGUGCUGAGCUUGCCUCCCGGAGACAUCUACAACCUCACAGUCACGGCCUGCACCGAGCGCAGCAAGAACACGUCCCAGCCGAGAAUCAUCCAACUGGAGCCAGCCCCUCCAAAGUCUUUGUUUGCCGUUAACAAGAGCCAGACCUCGGUCACGUUGCUGUGGGUGGAGGAGGGAGUGGUCGACUUCUACAGGGUCUUCUGCAAGCAAGUGGAGUCAGACGGAGAGCUGAAGCAGGAGCAGCUGAGUGUGAACAAUCACAUGGUGACCAUCGACAGCCUACUCCCCUCCACAGCCUAUAACUGCAGUGUGACCAGCUUCAGCCACAGCACUCCCAGCGAGCCUGCCUACAUCAGGGUCUCCACACUGGUGCCUGAGAUGAACCCCAAUGUGCUGGUGAUCUCUGCGCUGGCCGUCCUCAGCAUCCUGCUCCUGGGCCUGCUCCUGCUCCUCCUCCUGGUGCUCAGGAAGAAACACCUGCAGAUGGGCAGGGAAUGUGGUGCCGGGACGUUUGUUAACUUUGCUUCCUUGGAGAGGGGUGGGAAGCUGCCCUAUAACUGGCGCAGGAGCAUUUUUGCCUUCCUCACCCUCCUGCCGUCAUGCCUCUGGACUGACUAUCUCUUGGCUUUUUAUAUUAAUCCCUGGAGCAAAACUGCUUUGAAGAAGAGGAAGCUAACAAACCCGGUCCAGUUAGACGACUUUGACACCUACAUGAAAGAUAUGAGCAGAGACUCCGGUUACAAGUUCUCCCUGCAGUUUGAGGACCUGAAGCACGUGGGCUUGGAUCUCCCACACGAAGCUGCUGACCUGCCUGUAAACCGAGCCAAGAACCGAUACACCAACAUCCUGCCGUAUGACUUCAGCCGAGUGAAACUGAUUUCAAUGCACAACGACGAAGGCUCUGAUUACAUCAACGCCAAUUACAUUCCCGGGUACCGGUCUCCUCAGGAGUACAUCGCCACCCAGGGGCCCCUGCCCGAGACCAGGAACGACUUCUGGAAGAUGGUGCUUCAGGAGAAGUGUCGCAUGGUGGUCAUGCUGACCCAGUGCAGCGAGCGCCGGAGAGUAAAAUGUGACCAUUACUGGCCCUUCACCGAAGAGCCUGUUGUGUACGGAGACGUCACCGUGAAGAUGACGUCCGAGAAGGAAGUGACGGAGUGGGCCAUUCGCAACUUUAGACUGAGCUACGCGGAUGAGAUUCAGGAUGUCCUGCAUCUGAACUACACCGCCUGGCCGGACCACGGCGUGCCCACCGUCAAUGCAGCCGAGAGCAUCCUGCAGUUUGUCCAGAUUGUCAGGCAGCAGGCUGCCAGGAGGAAAGGACCGGUCCUGGUGCACUGCAGUGCUGGUGUGGGAAGAACGGGGACCUUCAUAGCCUUAGACCGCUUGCUGCAGCACAUACGGGAGCACGAGUAUGUGGACAUUCUGGGGCUGGUGUCAGAGAUGCGAUCCCACAGGCUAUCCAUGGUGCAGACAGAGGAGCAGUAUGUAUUUAUCCACCAGUGUGUGCAGCUGAUGUGGUGGAAGAGGAAACAGAUCCACAGCGCUGGAGAAAUCAUCUACGAGAACACCAGCAAGUCCUAACUGCAGACUGGCACAGUAUAAACAGUCCACUUGCCUCCUUCUCUUGCUUCAGUGCUUGCUUUCUGCCAGGAAAGAUUUUUACUGCCAUCAAUACCAAAAAACCCCCAAAAAACAAAAAAACAAGAAAACAAACUAAAAACAGGACGUUUUGUGUUUGAAAUGGUAGAAGCAUUCGCGAGGAGCUUUGCCUUAAAAUAUCUGUAUUGUCUAUGGAGGGUACUUCAUCUGGGACAUCACUGUACUGCACCAAACGAGGACAGGAGACUGACUGGGGGGGGGAAGACACCGACACCAACACCGGGAACAACUACCAUUGGAUACCGCCUGGCGUUCUGGGAUUGGAGACUUCACAACGCUUUUCUUUUCUGUGGGACGGGACGGGACGGGACGGGGGGGGGGAGAUGGUGCAAUAAGGAGCACUUGACCCGCCCUCAUCAAACCGGGGUAGCGUUUAUAAUAUUGCUGAACAAUGAGUUACUCCAUCGUGGAUACAGUAAACACCAUUAGUUUUUAUCUCAGGAUUAAGUUAAAAAACAAAAGUAGUUUCGAUUUUUGUAAUAGGGUGAUUUGUAGGUUAAAAAAAAAAAAAAGAAAAAAUCUAACACGGUCUCAUGUUGCUCUGAAUUGCAUAAGCUACAGUAGUAUUAGCAUUCACACCUUUAAAAAGGUACGGUACAGUGAAUAUAGCAAACUGAAAGGCACCCUCUACAGCCUUGCUCGUUCUACAGUAUUAAUACCCAUUGUCUGUAACAGGGUCAGUCCUUCUACUGUGUGAUCUCGUUAGCUGGAGUGUGGAGACUGUGGUCACAGACCCUGGGUGAGGGCGCCAGUGUGUGUAACCUUAUUGCACUGUGUGUACCUGUGCUAGUUUUCAGUGGCAUACCUUGCACUGUAUGUGUGUGUGUGCUUGUGUGUACAUUUAAACACAUGUUGACUAUAAUGUGUUUUUCAAAAAUGGUUUGGGUAUGAAAUAAUAAACACCAUCAGAGCAGUAAAUGAAAAUGAAUUUAAAGUUUUUAGUUUAAGAUGUCUGCUGUCUCCGGGCACCGUGUGCAUCGACACGUUGGUACAAAGUGGGUUAGAUAUAAACUUGUUAUUUGGAGUCUUCUGCAUAUUCUCAAAGCUAUUUUAUCUGAAUCUUCGUUAGUGCAGUUUUUUUCUAAAAGGUAAAAUCAAUCGUACAAUUAUAAUGGCUUUUUAAAAGCUCCAAAAACUACUUUUCCUUUAAAGAACUCAACGCUUUAUCAAACUAAGUACUGAAUUAACUUCCACGACCCAAUGGGAGCGAAGGUUAGUGUAAGAGAGGCUUACUGUUACACAAUCAUGUCAGAAAAUACCUGACUUGACAAAAUUUUGAGAUGAACCAGACGACACUGAUGAGCUGUAUGUCUCCUCUCAUUAGGUUCUUACGAUGCAAGUCCUGCAUAAUCCACACAUCCAAGGGAAUGGAAAAUAAUUGGUUCUUCAGAAUACUGUUUAUUGCAGAAUUUCAGCAGGAUCAUGUGGGGGAAAAAAGGCACCAUGACAACUACACAAAUACAAACAUAAAUCAUUCUACAUGGAUUGUUCCCAAAUAUACAAUAACAUUUUCAUUUAAGCAACAGAUUGCACAUUUACUUUUUGGGGAAAAAAAAUAUCCAAAAAUGCAGACAUUUACUAGUUUUCAAACAAUGUAUUUCAUUAUUUUUUUUUUUUUCAGAUCAUAAAUAAAAUUAAAAAAGAAAAAAAAAAUAGGGGAGAGGGGUGCAGGAAUCAAGUUACAUACAAAGUGAUUUUCUAAAGAACACAUUUACAACAGACACCAGAAACUGAAAAAACUAAAAUGUACACUUUGUACACUAAGCUUUGGGUUUUAUUUAACAAAAAAACUCAAAAUGUGCUUGCACUAAGGGGGUACGAAAUCUCUGAGACAAUUACUGUAUGCUUAGUUUCCCCGGGACAAAUCUCACAGAACAAUCCCUCAGCGUUCCAUUCCCUCCGCUAGCUUGCUGUGUUACAAUGGGACUGACCGCGUGCACCACAAGCACAGACUCGGCACAAAACAGCAAUGUGAGAAUCUUGCUCUGGCAGAGGUGGUUUCGCAGCCAUUAAAACACAGACAAAGCGACGAGGUCACCUUGCAGAUGUGUCGCAGUAAAACCUGAGCAUUGUGGGCAUUGAGAGUGGGACAGCCCAAGGUGUGCUGGAGGUGCCAAGAGGGUACACCUGGCUGCAGGAAUGCGCAGAGGCCGCUGUGCUCCAGCAGGAAUGCUCAAAGGGGAAAGUUCACUUCGUAGCAUAGCAGACAAUCAAGACGCUCAAAAGAUCACAUCUUAGUUUGUGAAACCAUUAAAAUCCAGACAGCACCACUGUUUCAAUAUCUCUAAUCUACACUGCCUUGAGCUUUGGUCAAAAAUAAUUCCAUUUGUGUCCAACACCCCCACAAACGACCUGUUUCAAGCGAUUAAUAACCUGGUUUAUUGCCCAAAACACAUGUGUUAAAAAAACCUCCCUUUCUGUUCAAACGUUAGCUAGGAUAAAGGAUGACCUACUGAGGGUUAUACUGGCCCGAUCCAUUGACUUAGUCCUUUGUCCUGGGAAGGUGGAAGUUAUGGAUCAUCAUUAAUGCCUUCCCUUCUCCUAUCCUCUCUCCAUAACACACACCGACUGUCCUAAGAAGAAACUGACAGAUUUCAGGGAUGCAAUAAGACUCCCAUUGCAUAGCAGUUUGAUCCAUAUCUGGUUUUACUGCAAGUUUAAUAAGACACACCUGAGCUGCUUACCUAUACACUGGUGCUAAUCAAGCACAUAUUAAAACCUGGAAUUGGUGACACUGCUGGAAAUAAAUCUCAUAUUGCACAUCGCUGCACACUGAAAUAAAAUCUUCUCAUCUAAAUCCAGCAGUAUCGAGUGUUUAACAGUUACAGAUGAUGGAAGAUUCAUUCAACGCAAUACAGAGCCACUUUGUGACACGGGUAAAUCAAACUGCCAGACACAGGAGGACUUCUCAUGAACUGUGUUUGCAAAACAAGUGUCACAAACUUGUGAUCACAUUCAAAAAGCCCUGAUGUUAAUACAGAAAUGAGGUGCCUUGAUUGAAUUUGACUAUGGAACAGGGGAACAACACGGGGACUGUAUUAUUUGAAGCUGUUUUAAUUUGCCAGGAAGGAUAGACAGCAUGCAAUGCAGUGAAAAUGAUGAAGAGGCCCUGAUCAGUGCAGCACACAGACCACAUUCUUAGAGGCUUCAUGCACAACCAUUCUGUAACGUGUCCAAGCCAAGGGGGUCGCACUUCAUAUUUCGAACGUAAAAAAGUAAUUUGUAUACCGAAGACUCCAUAUCUAGAACCUCAUUAACGUUUGCUUAAAUAACAUUUUUUUGGCAUUCCUCAGAAUCAAUGUAAAGCACAAAAAAGGAUAUACUUGUCUAAUGAACCAAAUGUAAAUAAUAAACAAUAAUAUUAAUAAUAAUCUUAGACAAUCAAUAAAUCAUGUCAUUUUCAAAAUGCUUUACUGCAAUAACUUUUUUUAAUGUGUGCUUCUAUUUCGGUUAC